CGUCAGCUGAUCUUUCGAGUUGGUGAAGACAUCUGCAACGACCUGGACGUCCGCUCGCUGUGCCACAAGAUCCUGCAGAACGUGUCGAUCCUCACCAGCGCUGACCGGUGCUCGCUCUUCCUCGUUCAGGGGAUAAGGAGUCGGGUAACCGGUGCCUGGUGUCCACCCUCUUCGACGUGAAUCCGGACUCAACGGUGGAGGAGAUGGAGGAGAAGGAGGAAAUCCGCAUUCCUUGGGGGUCCGGCAUCGUGGGCUACACGGCCGAGUCCGGAGCCAUGGUCAACAUUCCGGACGCCUAUCAGGACCCGAGGUUCAAUCCAGACAUUGAUGGCAUGACGGGCUACAAGACGCGUUCGAUGCUGUGUAUGCCCAUCAAAGACAGCGCCGGCGAGGUCAUAGGGGUCGCGCAGGUGAUCAACAAGCACCAGGGCCCUUGCUUUACAGUCAGCGACGAGAAGGUGUUCGAGUCUUACCUCCAGUUCUGUGGGAUCGGCCUCAGGAAUGCCCAGUUGUAUGAGCGCUCGCAGUUGGAUGUCAAGCGGAAUCAGGUGAUGCUGGACCUUGCACGAAUCAUUUUUGAGGAGCAAAGUACAAUAGAACAGAUGGUCUACCGCAUCAUGACACAUACACAGAGUUUACUGCAAUGUGAACGUGUGCAGAUCCUUUUGGUGCAUGAAGCAUCUCAGGGAACCUUUUCACGAGUGUUUGAUUUGGAGGUGAAGGAUCUGCAGGGAAAGGAUGCUGAGACCCGUACGAGUCCGUUUGAGUCACGCUUCCCCAUCAACAUUGGCAUCACAGGCCAUGUUGCCACCACAGGGGAGACAGUGUGCAUACCAGAUGCCUAUCAGGACUCCAGAUUUGACCAGUCGGUAGACGAGCACACUAACUUCCGGCAUCGUUCCAUCUUGUGCAUGCCCAUCAGAAAUACGGCAGGCAAAAUUGUGGGUGUUGUCCAGCUAAUCAACAAAUUCGACAACCUUCCCUUUACCACCAAUGAUGAGAAUUUCCUAGAGGCCUUUGCCAUCUUCUGUGGGAUGGGCAUUCACAACACACGGAUGUAUGAAAAGGCUGUGAUAGCAAUGGCCAAGCAGAAAGUUACGCUAGAAGUACUUAGCUACCAUGCUGCAGCUCCAAGAGAAGAUGCACUGAAACUAAUGAAAGUGAAGAUACCCUCAGCUCAGGCCUUCAGAUUGUAUGAUUUCAAGUUUGAUGACUUUAGCUUAGAUGAUGAUGGAAGUUUAAAGGCUUGCCUUAGGAUGUUCCUUGAUUUGGACCUCAUAGGAAGGUUCCACAUAGAAUAUGAAGUCCUAUGUCGUUGGUUGUUGAGUGUCAAGAAGAACUACCGCAAUGUCACAUAUCACAACUGGCGGCACGCAUUCAAUGUUGCACAGAUGAUGUUUGCCAUCAUUACAACUACCCAGUGGUGGAAGGUGCUGGGUGAACUUGAGUGCCUGGCUCUGCUUGUUGCCUGUUUGUGCCAUGACCUCGAUCAUCGGGGCACCAACAAUUCAUUUCAGAUCAAGGCCUCAUCACCUUUGGCACAGCUGUACACAACGUCUACCAUGGAGCAUCACCACUUUGACCAGAGUGUCAUGAUACUCAAUUCAGGUGGCAAUCAGAUCCUGAGCAACUGUACCCCAGAUGAAUAUUCACGAGUCAUCAGCGUGCUCGAGGAUGCCAUUUUGGCAACAGACUUGGCCGUGUACUUCAGAAAAAGGGGCGACUUCUUCAGCUUGGUAAACAAAAACCAGUAUGACUUUUCGAAGGAGGAGAACCGUGAACAGCUGCGAGGAAUGAUGAUGACCAUCUGUGACAUCGCAGCUAUAACGAAGCCCUGGAACAUCCAGAAAAAGGUUGCAGAACUUGUUGCUGGAGAAUUCUUUGAGCAGGGAGACAUAGAGAAAGAAGAGUUGAAAAUAACUCCAAUUCAUAUGUAUGCCAGUAUAUGAGGCAUUUGCCAAUCUCAGUGACGAAUUAAAACCUCUACUCGAAGGGGUGCAAGAAAACAGACACAAUUGGCAGAGUCUUGCUGACGAAGUGACGCAGAAGGAAGCGACAGCAAACAAUAAUAACAAUAACAACAAUAAUAACAGUAAUGGUGCAAGCACAAAUGUGGAAAAUAAUGCAGCCACAGAUUGAUAGAUGCAAGUUUCUUAGUAAGAGACCAUAGAAACCACCAGCUAUGUGAAAUAUUUAUCAGAGAGAACUGAUAGUAACUGUAUGAAGUGAAAAGGUAUUUAACACUUUGCAGGAUUUGGGAAUGAGUCUCAUGUUCAGAACAGGUGCAUACAUUGAAAUAUGAAAUACUAUUGUGACCUUAAAAUAAGGUUCCUUGAAUGUGUUUGACAUUGGAACUGAACAUGUAUGAACUAUAUACAUUUUCCCCAGUGCAAAAUAGAAGUGUUCAAGAUAUUUAAUUGUGGUAACAUAAUGAUCUGCAUUAUAUUCUAAUCAGGAAAUUAUGUGUUCGGAGUUUCAUAUUCAGUUAUCAAUUGUCAGCUAGGUCAGGACAUUUACAUGUCAUUACUUAAGGCAUUGGACUUUACCAAGAGAAACACAAAGGUCAUUGAACUUCGAUGGCUUUACAGUGAAAGGCAUUGAAAGGUCUGAGCCAUUUAGCAUAGUUUAAUAGGGAAUAUUUUGAUUAUCAUUUUAUUAUUAUCUUUAUUAUUAUUAUUAACGAUAUUGACAUUAUUGUUAUUUUAUUAUUAUUGUUGUUAUUAAUGUUAUUAUUACUAUUAUAUAU